AUGGCCCCCGCUCUUGACUAUUUCACCAAGUCUUCCGCCCAGACCCCCGCUCCAGCGCCAGCGCCAGUAGCCUCGCCCGCUCAUGGUGUUUACUACAAUGCCCGCUUGGACCCGAAGAACUAUCUCGAGGGACCUCUCUCCGAGAACCCUGCCACACGUCUACGCCAGAUGCUCGCUCGCCCAGGUAUCGUGGUUGCUCCUGGCAUCUGCGACGGUAUCAGCGCUAGAUGUGCCCUCGAAGCCGGGUUUACCUGUCUUUACCAAUCCGGCGCUGCUACCACCGCUUCUCGCAUGGGGCAACCCGAUCUUGCCAUCGCUACAUUGAACGACUUCGUAGACUCUGCACAAAUGGUCACCAGUCUCGACCCCACUUGCCCCGUCAUCGCUGACGCCGACACGGGUUUCGGUGGCCCCGCCAUGGUCGCACGUACUGUCACCCAAUACGCCAAAUCGGGUGUUGCUGGUCUUCAUAUCGAAGAUCAGGUUCAGACCAAGCGAUGCGGCCAUUUGCUUGGCAAACAAGUUGUCUCUCGCGAAGAGUUCCUUACCCGCAUCCGUGCCGCCGUCAUCGCUCGUGACGCCAUCCCUGGAGGAUCCGACUUCGUCAUCAUCGGGCGGACUGACUCUGCCCAGGUACUGGGUAUGGAGGAGGCAAUCGAGCGAUUGAAACUCGCCGCCGCCGCCGGUGCAGAUGUCUGCUUCAUCGAAGGCGUCAAAUCCAAAGAACUCCUGGAAUCAACCGUUGCCGCAUUGGCACCGAUUCCCGUUCUCGUCAAUGUCAUCUCCGGCGGCUUGACUCCUCCUUUCACAUACAGAGAGGCUGAACAGAUGGGUGCCAAGAUCAUCAUUUUCUCGCUGGUGUCUUGUGUUGCAAUGGUUCACGCAUGCCGCGCCGCCAUGCACUCGCUCAAGAAGACAGGCACAGACUUCGUGUCUGCCCAAGGGAUGGAUCCGAAGGAAUUCUUCAAGGUUAUGGGCUUGGAUGCAGUGAUAGAACUCGAUGCGAAGGCCGGCGGGUCAGCAUUCGAAGUAGUAUAA